GCGAAAAGUGGCUCCUAAAAUUCUGAAUCACUGCAUCUGCAUCAUCACAAUCACAUCAUCAGUCUCACUCUCGCCGACACACGCACGUGUAGUGCGUUGUUUAGGUCGGUUUUGUUAUCUAACCUCAAAAGAUGGAGGUAGUAAAUAAAAUACUGUCAGCUCCGUUGAGCGAGUCUAAGGAAAAAGAAAUCGAGGUCGAAAUAGACGAGGGCACCCUCUUGCUUUCCGACUACAAUGCCCUCGACCUGAAAACGGACAAAGAGUCAAAUCUACAGGCAACGACGCGCGACAACGUGCAGCUGCUCGUCAACAAAGUCUGGAGCUUGCCGACCAAGUGUGUCGAAGAAGUGAUCGUCGCCGAACUCCCGAAGCCCAACUAUCUCUUGCCCAGAGCGCGCAAACUACCGAAGCCCAAGCCGCUCACGAAAUGGCAACAAUUCGCCAAGGAGAAGGGCAUCCGGACGAAAAAGAAGGGUCGCUCCAAACUCAAAUGGGACGAACAGCUCCAAAAAUGGAUACCCAACUUUGGCUUCAAACGUGCCCAGGCUGAUAAACAAAAGGAGUGGCUCAUCGAGUGUGGCGAGGAUGGCACGCCUCGCGAGGAUCCACGCGAAGCUCUCAAGACGGCCAAGAAGGAGAAGGUUGCCAAGAACGAGCUGCAGAGGCUCAGAAAUUUGGCCAAGAAGAAGAAUAUCAAGGUUCCUAAAGUUGGUCUGCCCAGUACGGAACACUUCAGGGAUGCCAAGCAGCUGGAUGUUGGUGCAAAGGUGGCUGAUGUGUCUACGGCCUCUAUGGGUCGCUUCAACGAAAAUCCCAAAAAAGAUGCUCUUAGAAAAACCAAGGGUGGCAAAGUGUCUAAAAAGAAGAAAAAGAAGUCGGGCCAGAUGAAAGAGUCGACUCCAAAAACGAGCAAGAAACCCAAAGCAGGCAAAGGAAAUCGUGAUUUCAGGAGAAAAGUUGGUGGUAGAAAGAGGAGGAAGUAGAAGGUGUUGAUGGUUUUUUA